AUGGAGAAAUCUGACAACCAAACCGCAGGUGCUGAAACGGACAGCUCCGGGCGCAGCGUCCGUGCGCUCACCGGCUGCGUCCUGUUCGUCCUAAUCGUUUCAACGCUUCUUGGGAAUACACUCGUUUGCGCCGCGGUGAUCAAAUUUAGACACCUUCGAUCUAAAGUUACCAACUUUUUUGUCAUCUCGUUGGCGGUAUCAGAUCUAUUCGUGGCCGUUCUUGUGAUGCCGUGGAAGGCUAUGUCUGAGGUGGCCGGAUGCUGGAUCUUCGGCAGCUUCUGUGAUACCUGGAUAGCUUUUGACAUCAUGUGCUCCACCGCGUCAAUUCUCAAUCUUUGUAUAAUAAGUAUGGACAGAUACUGGGCAAUUUCGAGCCCUUUUCGAUAUGAGCGUAAAAUGACCCAGAGGUUUGCCUUCGUUAUGAUCGGAGUGGCAUGGACCCUCUCCAUUCUCAUCUCCUUCAUUCCAGUUCAGCUCAAUUGGCACAAAGCAGAGGAGGAAAAUGCAACAGGGAACGAGAUGAAUGAAAUCGAGGACUGCAACGCAAGCUUGAAUAGCACAUAUGCCAUAUCUUCCUCAUUGAUCAGUUUUUACAUUCCCGUCGUUAUUAUGGUUGGCACUUACACUCGGAUCUACCGGAUUGCGCAAACCCAGAUCCGGAGGAUAUCAUCGCUGGAGAGAGCGGUGGAACACGCGCAGAACAACCAGCAAGCAACCGAGCAAACAAACUCAUUUAAAAGAACUUUUAAAAAAGAAACGAAAGUUUUAAAGACACUUUCUAUCAUUAUGGGAGUUUUUGUAUUUUGCUGGUUACCUUUUUUCGUGGUCAACUGCAUCGUACCUUUUUGUGACAUCAAUGAUGUUGGUGAUCGCCUGUGCGUAAGUAACACCACGUUUAACAUGUUUGUGUGGUUUGGCUGGGCCAACUCAUCGUUAAACCCAGUCAUAUACGCAUUUAAUGCUGAUUUCAGGAAAGCAUUCUCCACCAUUCUGGGCUGCAAUAGAUACUGCUCCAGUUCUACUGUAGAAGCUGUCAAUUUCAGCAACGAGUUGGUGUCUUACCACCACGACACUACGCUCCAGAGAGACACAAAUAUCACAGCCUCUGCGCACUGUGCUCAACGCCAGCCCGUGGUCUCACACGGUGAAGGCUUGGACGUACCGUUUGACAAAGUCUCCAUUAUCUCGGAUGUUUCACGUCACCCAAGAAACCUUAUCCUGCCUGCAACACUGCAGUUUGAAUGUGAAGCAGAAAUAUCCUUAGACAUGAUGCCUUUCCCCUCAACUGGGCCCAGUGAGUGCUGUGUGAUUCCAGGUCAAAUUGAGGAUAUGUGAAACUAGUCUACUUUGUGUAUUUUUCAUGUUUGAUAUACAGUACACUAUUAUACCUAUUUUCUGAUCUUCACAUGGUGUUAUAGUGUACAAUAUUCUGUCUAGCAGUGUAUAUAAAAACAUUGGUACAAACCUCAGGUAAUUGAGUUGAAUAUGAAAAAAU